CACAGCGAGACUCAGCAGACACAUAAACAAACUGGCUGCAUGGCUUCAGGGACCUUUAACCACACGCCCCCGCUGCCUCCGUGUCACUGCAUGGACAAUGUUAAUGUCGACAGAAGAAAACUGGGCUCAAAGUGAAGGACUCCAUUGAUAAGAAUUGCAACAGGAGAAUGGAGUCCUGCUGAGAGUGUGACCUGUGACCUGGUGUGAUAACUGCAUGCUGCAUGUCUGUGAUAACCAUGCAUCCAUCACCCACCUGCACUCCCUCUCAGGUCUGACGCACAGGCCCUUCAUUAGAAAGGAAUGUGUCCUGCCUCUCCUUGCAUGUUGUGCUGUGAAUGAGGCAUCAUGAGGAAAGACAGGGAUAACCCUCUGGCCCUCUCAUCCAAGAAAUACUGCCAGAGUCAGGCGGACUAUGGGCGAGAGCUUGAGAGGCUCCGUGCUGAAUUGGAGACGGAGAAGAGCCAGACACAGCGGGCCCGCGGACACCUCAGUGUGGAGCUAAGGCGCCUGCGAGAAGAAGCAGAGAGGGAACAGAAGAGGGCCGUGAGGGAGCUGACGGCAAAGCGUGGGACCCAAAAGGACUUGCACUCUGACAGACGCAGAGGUUUGGUGGCUAAAGAGGUGAACAAUAAACAUACUGAACGGUGCAGUAAUGAUGAGCCGUCAGGGAAAGAGGCUUUUCGUUUAAGCAGAGGUGAAACCUAUAGAAAGCUGGAGCUGCUGCUGCUGACACUGUAUGAGGAGAUAAAUGGUGAGCAGGCAGUCUCUAAAUUGCAUCAGCGGCAGGACAUUGAGCUAGAAAAAGCCAUCUUCCUCUGCCACCUGCUAGAGACCCACGGACGAACGUUGCAGGGGAGACAGAGAGCAGGACACCCCAGCAACAUUUUUGAAAGUCUCUCAGGAAAGCCUACUCAAGAAGACGGCGAUAAAUCCUGUCAGAGACUUCAGAGAUCUCAGAGUGCAUCUCACUCAUCGAAGAAGAGCAGGGAAGAAGAUCAGCAAAAGCAGCCUUCAGACAGGGACUUGUGUGAAUCUGACCCCAGCACCGCUGCUACAGUCGUGGACACCUGUCGGAGCGGCUCUCUGAAAACGAUUCACCCUCACAACACUCCCCAUGCCGGCUGGGACAACCAGCCACCCUCCUGCACUGAGUCCUCGCCCUCCAAAUGCAUGGAGAGAAACAUGGAGAAUGGCACUGACUACGGGUUCCUGGUUCGUCAGAACUCUGAACUCCUGCGAGCCCUUGAUGAGCUGGAAAAGACUUGCUCCAUGCUGAGGGAGGAAAAUUGCCUGCUGCGAAAGAGCAGCGCCCCAGAGACCGAGGAGAAGGUCAGGCGGCUGAGGAGAAAGAACACAGAGCUCGCAGUUCUCGCUAAGAGGCUGGAAGAAAGAGCUCGGAAACUGCAGGAGGCAAACCUCAGAGUGGUGAACUCCCCGUCACUGAUGAGACCCGGGUCAGUGGAACAGUACAAACGGGCGUUUGCCCGUCAGCGAGCUCGUGACCUCGCCCAGCACGCUGAUGCACUACUGUCUAAGGACAAAGAGAUUGCUGCCCUGCAGCAGGAGUGCAGAGAGCUGGAGGCACGACUGGGCACCAACAAGGACUCCCCUGUUCCAUCUGGCAGAGUGGAAUUUGAGAAGCUUCUGAGAGAGUCUCAGAGGGAGGUGCUGCGGCUCCAAAGACAAUUGUCCGUCACAUCUUCCACACAGCAACACAACCACAGUCCCGAUCCCAGUUGCCUGGAGAAGUGUGAAGAAACAGAGGAGGAGGAGGAGGUGGAGGCGAAGGUUGGAGGGGAGACCCCGUGUGUGGCAUUAGAUGAAGCUCCAUCCAGGUGUGAGAAGACUCCCGGAGAGGAGGAGGAGUUGGGGCUGCGAGUGACGCCCAAACCGGGCCUCUGCCCGAACCCCUCUGAUCAGGAGGAUCACACAGAGGAGCAGCGCCUACAGUUUCUGGAAAGUGAGCUGAGCAAGAAGCGAAAAGAAUGUGAAAAUCUCGAGCAUGAAGUAAAGAAACGACAGAAGAGAUGUCUGGAUUUGGAGAGCCAGCUUGAGGAUGAGCGAGGUGAAAAUGAGCAACUAAAGGAGGAGGCAGAUCUCCUCAGGAGGAAGGCACAGCUGAUCGACCAGACUCGGGCUGAGAAUGAGGAGCUGAGGGAAGAUCUCUCUGAAGUGACUGCUCAACACAAUUCAGUUCUCGAGGAGAACCAGAAACUCCGUGCCAAACUGGAGAACCUAGAGCAGGUCCUUCAGCAUAUGCGAGAGGUCGCCGAGCGAAGGCAGCAGCUGGAACUGGAACAUGAGCAGGCACUCGCUAUCCUUAAGUUCAAACAGGAUGAAAUCAAACGGUUGCAGCGGGCUCAGUUAUUUGCCAAGAGGGAGCAUGAGGGAGUGGUUCAGAUGCUGGAGUCAAAGGUACGAGACCUGGAGGAUAAAUGUCGCAGCCAGAGCGAACAGUUCGGCUUGCUGUCCCAGGAGCUGGAGAAGUUUCGACUGCAGGCCUCGAAGGUGGAUCUGGCCGGCUCUCCCCUCCUCCACAACCCGGCAAACCUCUCUCUUCUGACCAACGGGGUGGGCCUGACGACUGAGCGAGAUGUGGCGGCUGCACUGCGGAUGGGGGCCACCCCUCACGCCGCAGGGCUGUCCAGGGUGGAGCGCUCGCCCAUCACCAAGCAUCGAGAGCUGCCCACCAUCAGCGUCAGCAAGUCAGGCUCUUCCCACAGCAAGUCAGAGUCCACUCACCUCACCCCCAAGUCUGAUUCCCAUCUCAGUCCGCACAAAUCAAGCCCAACACAUGAGGUGGACACUGCCAGUGAAGUAGAGGAGUUAGACAUUGACGUGGCCCCCGCACCUUACACAGCCAGCAGAGGAGCAGCAAAACUUCAAGUUUUCAUUGGAAGAUAUAGUUAUAAUCCUUAUGAUGGCCCCAACGACAACCCUGAAGUGGAGCUACCACUAACUGCUGGAGAGUACAUCUAUGUGUAUGGAGACAUGGAUGACGAUGGCUUCUAUGAAGGCGAGCUGAUGGACGGACGGAGAGGGCUGGUCCCCUCGAACUUUGUGGAGCGUGUAUCGGACGACGAUGUCAUGAGCAGUCACCAUCAAGAGACAGGGGACGUGACCCACAACUCCCUGCUAGACAGCAGCCUGCACAGUGCCAGCCACCAGCAUCACCUCCACCUUGGCGCCAGCACCUCAGAAAGGACAGAGGCACCUGCUCCCUCUGGCCCUGCCUCAGCCCCCACAGACCCAGCAUCAGCCUUGGCUGUCCCAGCCCCCCUCACCAACGGCCUGGACUUGGAUUUGGAGGAGGUGGGAGUGGACAUUGUGCCUUACCCACGUAAGCUUACCCUCAUCAAGCAGCUCGCCAAGAGCAUCAUCAUUGGCUGGGACCCACCGCUGGUGCCAGCUGGGUGGGGCAAUGUGUGGAGCUAUAACGUGUAUGUGGACCAGGAGCUGCGGAUCAACGUGCCCUUCGGUUCCCAGACCAAAGCAGUCCUGGAGCGGCUGGACAUAAACCUCAAGGCCUACCGUGUGUCAGUGCAGAGCCUGACAGAGAAGGGCCCGUCAGACCAGCUGCGCUGCAGCAUGUUGGUCGGUCGGGACGUUUGUGUGGCGCCCACACAGCUGCGUAUGGAGAGGAUCACCGCCACCUCUGCCAACCUGACCUGGCUGCCCAGCAACAGUAACUAUGUGCACAUUGUGUCCUUGAAUGAGGAGGAGUGUGAGCUGGUGAAGGCUGGCUGCCACUCACUGUGCCUCAAUAACCUCUUGCCCAGCCUGCAGUACACCGUCAAAGUGGAGGCGCGGCCACACCGCACACCUUGGGAGUUACCUGUGGAGCGACGUGAACACAGAAGCACUACAACCACCUUCAGCACACUGAUGGCAGGUCCACCUGAUGCUCCUCUGGACGUGCAGCUGGAGCACGGCCCCUCUCCGGGGAUCGCCCUCAUCAGCUGGCUGCCAGUCACUAUAGAUGCUACUGGGACCUCCAACGGGGUCCGUGUCACUGGAUACACCAUAUAUGCUGAUAAGAAAAAGGUGCUGGAGGUGUCUUCCCCAACAGCAGGCAGUGCACUGCUGGGGCCCUCUCAGAUCCAGUCCCUGCAGGCAGCACAGGAGCUCACUGUCCGCACAAUGUCUGCCCAUGGCGAGUCCUGUGACUCUUUUCCAGUCAAUGUGCCCUCCAAGCUGGAUGCCAUCAUUGCGGGCCCAGCUAUCACCGCCCGAGCUGUGCCACCCCAUCUGCCCUGUGCCCCUGUAGGUCCCAGUAACCUGCCCUCAACGCAAUCCUACAUGAACUCUGCUGCCAAAGUCUCUGUGCUCCCCAGCACCUUGCCAUCAGACACACACUACACUGGCCUCACAAUGGAGGCUGCUGCCAACUUUCCUACUGCUCUUCAGUCAGAAGACCUUCUCUUAUCUGCCUCAUAUGUGAAGGCCUGGGCCAACCCCUCAUCUGCUGCUGCCUUAGCCGUGUCUGAGAUCACAUCACCAGUCGUCCCCUCCAUCACUCCAGUGGUAAAUGUGACCUCCCCCAAAACCUCAGCACCUCAACUAUCUCCAGUAGCAGUACCAGCACCUGUACAAGCACCAAUGACAGCAGCAGCAGCAAUGUCGGAGCAGCGAAGAGAUACCAACAGCCCUGGAACGAUACGUCCUUUCCCAUCCAUCACAGACUUCAUCGAGGACCCCCGUGCCAAGCUCGACAUCCCUGAGCACAUCCCUACCCCACCCAAAGCCCCGAUCACAGACCUCCUUAACCCUCAGGACACAAACGUCCUCCGACCACUCAGCACUUCCCCACAGGAGUCAGAGGUAGAGUGGGAGCAUGAGAAUACCCGCCUGGUGUCUAUGGAAGAGUUCCUGAGACAGGACCAGGAGCCGGUGUACAGCGGGAGGCAGCAGAGUUAUGGCAGAGGGCUUAUGGAACCUCCCAGUGACUACAAUGCAGACAACAGCCGAUCAGACCUGUCCGACAUCCUGGAGGAGGAGGAGGAGGAUUUCUAUUCUGACCACCUUGGAGAAUCACAGGCACGGGGAUAUACAGUUCGCGCUAACAGGUCUUGCAAUUGGGAGCCUUCAGACAGUGAUGAGGAUGUUCUUGAAAGGAUCCUGAAGUUGCCCCCACAGGUCUACCCCAGCAAGCAGCUGUUCAGCAUUCCUGAGAUGACAGAGGAAGAAGAUAGUAGUCAAGACGAUCCUUUAACCCGCCGCAGGCAAGCUCGGCCCAGGCCCAGCCACGUUCACCAGAGAGACUCAGAGUGCCUCCGUCAUGCCCCACAGCAUCACCAGCAUCAACCCAACCCACACCUGAAUGCUCCCCCUAACCAUCACCACUUCAACAGGGAUCCAAGAUCCCUAACCAAAGAGCCUUUACUCAGACACGGACCCUCGCAGGUGAAGCCUAAGAUGCAGCAAAGGGUGCGCUACGCAGACACAGUGGACACCAUCAGUUAUCCUGAAGAAGAAGAGAGUUUAAACGAGAGUCCGACCAGCAGGCGGGUCAGCAGAGAGAAAUCGCUGCUAAAAGGGCUAGGGGACCGCCUUAGGAGGGAGGCCAUGUUGAGGAGUCAGAGGACUGGUGCUGCAGCAGGCAGCCUCAGCCAGGGCCCUCCCCCGCAAAGACCCUACCCAGUCAGCAAAACAGUACGGACUGUUAAGUCAACUGUUGGUCGUCCGGUGGAGAUUGACUUGGAGUACGGCACCGAUGAUAGUGAGGAGCCCGCAAAGUACGGUCCUGGGGAGGUGGCGAUGGAGCAGAUGAGCUCCGAGUGGUGGGUGGAAGGGGCUCAGAUGGAGCACGGCAGGCCUCCUCUCCACCGUGAGCUGAAGACUGAUCCACCUGUCAAUGUCACUGCAGGCCAGCCACAACGGGAGCCCGGCCCAGUCCCUCCAGCUGUGGCAGGUCCAUCGUGGGGGGGCCAGGCUGAUCCCUCCUCUAAACCAGCAUGCUUGCAGGCCAAGCAACUGAAAGGUGGGGUCGAUUCAACAAAGGUCAAAGGAGACGGUGACAUACGCAUCUUUGUGGCCCUCUUCCCUUAUGAUCCCACCUCCAUGUCCCCCAAUCCUGAUGCUGCGGAGGAGGAGCUGCCCUUCACUGAAGGACAGAUCAUCAAAGUUUACGGAGAUAAAGACUCAGACGGGUUCUACCAAGGGGAGUCCGCUGGUCGUCUGGGUUAUGUGCCGUGUAACAUGGUGUCUGAGAUCCAGGUGGAGGACGAGGAGACCCGGCAGCAGCUCCUGCAGCAGGGCUUCCUGUCCACAGCCGCCUCCGUGGAGAAGAUAGGCACUCGCACACACGCACAGCUUCCACGCCGCGCUGUUCCACCACCGAAACCGAGGCGAUCCAAGAAAGUGGAGUCUGCAGCACUCUGGGAGGAGAGCGUAGACUCCUCCAGCCAAGAUCCCAACCAGUCUGCUGCUGCUGCUACUGUUGCUGCAGCUGCAGGGAGUGCAGCCCCAGGAGCUCGCAGGAUGGUCGCCAUCUUUGAUUAUGACCCACGAGAGAGCUCCCCCAACACUGACAUAGAGGCUGAGCUGACCUUCAGUGCGGGAGACAUCAUACAUGUGUUUGGUGACAUGGAUGAAGAUGGCUUCUUCUACGGAGAUUUGAAUGGACACAGAGGCUUGGUCCCGUCCAACUUCCUGCAGGCUUUACCAGAAGACGCCCCUGCAGAACCUGUCACUGCUCAGCCUGCAACAGAACCCAAGAGAGAAUCACAGGUUACUGUGACGUCUUCUACAGAAUCACAACAUCCUGGAUGCUCAACAGCAGAAGACUCUUUGAAUGCCCAAACAGAACCUCCUCGCCCUGACCCAACGGAGCGCACCGACACACCAGCCAAACCAGCCGCCUCUGUAGGCCUCCCGUCCGACAGGAGCCCUUCUCCUGGUCCAGCUGUUACUCCAGCUGCAGUGGAGGUCCACUGCUCUCCUCCAGCCCCGGUUCCACCAGACAGCUCAACAAUGACAGACUGCUCUGCAAAAGGCAAGAAGAAGAAAGGCUUUUUCUCCAAAGGCAGGAAGCUAUUCAAAAAGCUGGGAUCCAGCAAGAAAGAAUGAGAGUCGGGACCUCUGACUCAGGACUUGCAUCGCAUCAAAUGCACUUUUUUUCUGUUAGUCUCAGUUGGUAGGCUGUGCGGUUAUUGGCUGUCAGUAUCAGGUCUAAUAACUGAUGCUUUAACCGCCGGUAACUGUACAUUUGCCUUGGAGCACUGCAAAACCAGCUGUUAGAUAUAGAGUACGUUCAAACAGCAACAUACAGCUUGCAGCAUCAGAGCAUGUAGAGGAGCAUGUUGAAGUGUCCAAAUAUACUCUCCAGAUACUUCCUAACUAUCUAAGCAUUGGCUUAACAGAGGCUUUAAAGGUUCUAUGUGUAAAGGUCAGAAAACCCUUGGUAUUAAUGACACAGGUAGUGAACUGCAGUCCACAUCCUGCUGCUCAAGCGCAUGCUCACACUCCUUAGGUAGGCAUGAGACCGAACUUGGUUUACCAGCAUCAUGUUGAUUGGAAGUUACUUUCCUUUGACAUGUUUAAAAACUGCUUCAGAGGUUAACCCCUUUUUUUGUUGUGCUUACGUGGAGUUUGUGUUGGAGUUAUGCUGGGAGCUGCUUGAUGUCGACAUUAGUGGAAGCCAUUUCCCAGCUAAUAUAAGCCAGCACUGUUGGUGCUGUAGGGGAACAGAACAGAGGCUUUGAGGCAACCACCCCCAAACGAGUGUUAGCUUCACAUUGCUUAGAGUUUCCCAGAAAAAUGUGUCCCAGGUCGUUUAUUAAAAAAUCGGUGCACGAGCAACCGAGAAAGUCGUGGAAUAUAUCUUGUAUUUUAAGUUAAGGCAGUUUGCACAUUGGCAGUAAAGAAGUGAUUUAAAAUAUGUAAACUGCUUCACAUUCUUACAUAUAGUACCUUUGAUGCUUGAUAUAAAAGAAUGGAUCAUAUCCAUUUAAACUAGUCUGUUAGAAAAUAAUGCUGAACAGCAGCUCCAGACACAGCUAAUUAUUUAACAUCAGCUUUAAUGCUCAUGUACUGGUGCCACUUUACAUAUUUGAAGCAAACAAAUAGAAGCUGCAGUCUAUAUGUUCUGUGUGACUAUAAAUAUGAAAAUGCACUAUCCAUCCUUAAUGGAUGUAUUCUAAAUAUGUCUGCUAGUUCCUUGUGUGUUUCUCAUCUUUAGUAGUAUUUAUACUUUGUAGAGAACAUGUUAUUUAUUUGUAGACUCUAGCCCUGGUCAUCACGAAGUUGCAUGAAGUGAUCUGGGCAGAAGGUUUAGUCAUAGAAAGCUGUCAGAGACGGUGAUGAUCCACUUUCAUGCUUUUGUAGUUUGGAUCUAAUUUAUUUGGGGUCGUGACUGUUAGAGUGGAACGAGCUGUUAGAUGUAAAGAAUGUGGAGGAUUGCACUUCGUGUGUAUGCGUGUGUGCAUGUAUGCAAAUGUGCGAGUGUGAGAUUGUGUGAGUGUGAAGCUGCCCAGUACACGUGAUGAGACUGAAAACACAUGCCUUUCUCAAAAAUGUAUACAGGAACUCUUGACGUUUUUGUCAUAAUUGGCUUAAAUGUUGCAUAUUGCACAAAUGUGUAAUAUGUAACGUGUGUGUGAGAGAGAGAGAGACAUUGUAGUGUUUGUAAAAUGAUGUAGUAUCAGGUGAUGAGAAGCUUAAAAGCCACUAAUUAAUAUAUUAAAACCAGAGCCCCUUUUCUCUUAAUUAAACACUUAAUUUAUUCAGUCUGUAAAACAUGCCCAUCGCAGUUUCCACCUUGUGGAUCAUUUUGUCUACAGAACCCAAAGAUAAUCACUAUCAUUUCAUUUAAAUCAUAAAUUCUCAUAUUUGUGAACCAUAAAAUAUUUGACAUAUAAAACAUAUAAAAACAAUUGGCACCUGAUGCUACAGUGAGCAGUUAACAGCCUUAUGCUGAACAUGCAGCCUGUCAGCCUUUGGGACUCCCUGUGGUUUGAAUGCAGUAACUGAUCUCUGCAUGUAAAACCAGCUAACACUAACAACACUGUAUUUUGUGAACAUGUCACACACACGUGAAUGCGAAGUGAAUACCGUGGGUCAAACUUCACCAAAGUCAAACUCCAUGUGAUGCCACGCUGCGAUUCGCUGUACAUCCGGAAGCAAAUGGUUUAUUCGCUCCCUCGCUUGCGCAGACAGGAAGUGAAAGGGAGGCGAAAGUUCACACAUGUGAGGGCGGGCUGUUAAACUGAACAGCUUUCAGUCAGGUGGUCUGUGGCUCCACUGCGCUGCGAGGGACUUUUCUUUCUUUGGCCUCCAUGUCAGGAGGGAAAUUGCAGUGUGUGAAUAUUGGGCUCAGGCUAAACAGUGUUAAAACAUCUUCACCAGCCCAUGCUGUUUGUUUUUGUGUUCACACACUAAUCUGUCAUAACACGUUUACACUUAAAGCUAAGUAAAACCAUUUUGGCAAUAUAGCGUAUUGUGACCUGCAAUACUGGAACAAAAACAGAAGCGUGUCGUGUGUGUUGACUCGUUAGAUGACGAUGAAGAGGUUGUGAUGUGAAUGUGCGGACCAGGCCUUAGUUUUCAGUUACAACCCGUGCAGUGGUUAUUCACUCUGUCUGAUGGGAUCUCUCUGGACCGGUGUGGCGGAGUCGCUGUUGGGGGGGUCACGUCUCAGGUUUUUUUAAUCGCAGUCAUUCACGCUGAGCCACCUGUGGACCCUGGCUGUUGAAAGGCUGCACAAUUAUGCCAAACUAUUUGGUGCUUUGCCUGUUAGCGCAGCAUCCAGCAGAGUGGGGGAGAGGAGCGUGCCGCUGAAGUUCCCCCGCACAGGGCAGACAGAGUCAGAACAUCCUUUUCUACUUUAAUGUCAUGAAUGUUUUGAAUCGUUUGUGAGUGUUACACAAAGGGAGCACGAUGGCGGUGAGAGUAAAAUCGAGGGCAGGUUGACAGAGACACUUUAGGAUUGGACUGAGACUGAGGCUGUUAAGUGGUUUUUUCUGUUUCAUGUUUUUCUUAAGGGGGAGUGGAUGCUCAAAAGUUGCCGAAAUGUACAGUGAAUAUUUGUACUGAUCUCGUAUUUGAUGGCCUUUAAUGCACAAGUAUUCCUCGACCUGCUGUGUAGCGAGUAGGCGGGUAGGUAUCAUUUUAGCUCUGCUGAUUAUAUUUAGCCUUACGAGACGACCUUGUUUAGUCUUAAUCUGUUGUUUACAGGAUGUUUAUUGACUGCAUGCAGAACAAUGUUAUACCCAUGUUUGGCCUUAUUUACGUUCUCGUCACGUUGCUGUUUUUCUAGGCUGACUCGUCUACAGUAUAUGUAGAUGGCCGCAGUAGUGGGAGAGAAGCUGUAGGAGCUUUGUGUAAAUAAUGAACAGUGUUGGGGCUUGUGCUAUAUUUUCAUGCAGUGCGGGAAACUUUUUUUUUUUUCUUUUUCUUUUUUUUCCUCAUCUUUCCGGAUCUGCGUUCAUUGUUUGUUACCAGUGGAAGAUGAACAUUUUUAUAUAUGUCACUGUUUUGAUCAAUAAUCCUUUUGAAAGCUCAUGUGUAAAUAUUUUUGUUAAUCUGUUUUUUUCAGUUGCUGUUUUGUUUUUGCAUGUCCAGGCAGUGUCGCCGGAAGAACAUGAACUAAAGAUGUAGAACACAGAGGACCCGUUGACUUGAAAAUGUGAUGGUUUCUUUGCAUAUGGAUCUUUUUACAGGAAUAAAGUAUGUUUAUUUUCACAGAAAA